UAGUGUAAGUAAAAUGUUUACAUGCUGAAAGCUGUAAAUGUAAGGCUAAGCUCUACGUUGACACAUUUACUGAAUUUUAUUUCUUGAAUAUCAAACUGGAACCAGUAUUUCACCAAAAAAGAAAAACCCACCAAGAUAUAUGUAUUGCAGACAAACAGACAAGUGAUCAUUUAGAAACCACAGACAGCCCAAGGAUUCCAUCCUCUCUGGCUACUGAUACUUGUAGAAGGAAUAUGAAAAGUCUUGUAAACAAGCAGUACAUUCUAUCAGACUGAUGUGAACAUGAACAGCCUCAAAGCUAGUAUUCCUUUCAACUUUACUUAAACACAAGCAGUCCUUGGAUGCAUUAGUCAUCAUCUCAGGCUCUCAGCUUAAUGUGAAUAUGAACAGUCUUGGAGUGCAUCAGUCAUCACAGAUUACUAUGAACACAAACAGCCAUGGGAUACAGCAGCUCUUUCUGCCUCCUUCGAACAUUAACAACCUCGGAGUGCAUCAGUCCAGUCAGCCUACUGUGAACAUGAAUAACAUUGCACAGCUUAGAUUUCCUUUUGUGAUUUACCCUGUGAACAAUCUGUGUAAUAUGGUGCAGGUUCCAAACAAUAUAGUGUUUUCAUCAACAAACAAUGCAAAAAAUGCUGAAAAUUCUAUGGCAGAAGCUGGUACAAAAACUACCACCUUGUUCAAUCCAAAUCUCAACCACAGUGCUGACAAUGUACCAAGUACCAUGCCUAUACACCAAAAUACUGCUAUUACUAUCUCCAACUCAAAUGUUAUAGAUAAUACAACUGUCAAUAAUUUCAGCAUUCUGAACAAUGGUGUAACUGUUCAAAGUGCUGUUGCUCUUAAUCAGAUUUUAAAUGUUCAGACACCUGUGGUUUUGAAACAUGCUUUUAAUGUUCCCAGUGCAGUGGCUCCACAUUCAGUGGUACCUGAAAGUGUUGUAAAUCUGGCUGUAACCAAAAAGUGUUUCAAGAAAAAAUUGACACCAAUUAGGCCUGCACCCAUGAAAAAUUCAACAACAGACAAUUGCAGACCAACACAUGGCACAGAGUCUCAGAACAAAACAUUGCCUGUGAACACUUCAAAAACAUUAGUACCAGCAGAUGUGGAGGUUACAGAGCAAACCUUUUCGGUCAUUUUUCAACCAGUCCAGGAGCAGGAUUCACCUCCAGAAUCAGAAAAAGUUCAAGUGAAAAUGGAAGAAAAUCCAGUGUCAAAUGAACUCCAGUCUUCCACCAGUAUAGGAAAAGAUCAAAGGGUUGAAAAUAGUCUAGAGGCAUUAUAUAAAUGUUGCAAGAAAAUACCAGAAUAUGAUAAUUAUGGGAGAAAAUUUACAAAUCUAGAGGCAUUUGCUCAGCACAAACAUGACAAAGAGGCAAGAUAUUGUACUAUUUUAUGUCGUAAGCCAGAGAACAGGCCAAAAAUGAACGCAGAUAUGAUGAUGGAGCAGAACAAAAAAGGAAGUAGAAUGAUAUUAGAUGCAGCACAUCCAGGUUUAAGUCAUAAAAAGUCUGUGGAGGAGGUAAAUAAGUCCUACGAUUGUGUGGAUUGUGGAAAACCCUACAAGAAAAAAUCUUUAUAUGAGUUGCAGCAGGAACAGUCACACAGCACUGUAAAAGCACAAACAUGUAAAUGUGAUUUCUGUGACAAAGCUUUUGUGUUUUCCUCUUCGCUGAGAUCACAUAGACUUUCUCAGACAAGAACUAAACCAUUAGCAUGUGAUAAGUGUCUGAAAACAAUCAAUUUAAAAUAUCUUCUUAAAAAAUAUCAGAAGAAAACGGAGCCUGGAAGGUUUCCAUGUGAUGUUUGUGGAAAGAAAUUGAAGUGGAAGUGGAAGCUCGAAGAUCAUAUGAGACGACACACUGGUGAAAAGGCAUUCCUCUGUGAGAUUUGUGGGAGGAGGUUUUAUAGUCCAUUGGCUAGAAGUCGACAUAUGGAUACCCAUAAUUCCUCAAGAAAAAGACUGUGUGAGAUUUGUGGGAAAUUCAUCAAGUGGGGGUCUUCUUUGCGACUUCAUCAGAUAAGGCACAGAAUCCAUGAUGAUUUAAGCAUGAAAGAAAGAUCAGAUAUUGCAGACAUUCCCUAUAUUUGUGAAAUUUGUGGCAAAGGCUUUUGUAAAAAGUUGCCAUAUGAAAAGCACAAAUUAAACAAGCAUGAGCGUAAAAACAAAGUAAAGAAAACUCCAGAUGGUCGAAUGAUAUGUGACACAUGUGGAAAAUCUUUCUCCAGUAGGUCGUCUUAUAGGUGUCAUAUUGCCCUCCAUAAAGGAAAGAUGCAGGUAGCUUGUGAAAAGUGUAACAUGGUAAUGCAUAAAAAGUCCUUGAAGAGGCACAUGUUGAAAAUGCACAAAAGCACUUAAUACCAGUCUAGAUGCUUUUCAUAAAUAAAAUCAAACAAUAUUAACAAGUAUGAAAAAAUUUACUGUAUCUCUUUCAGAAAAUGAUAUUCGAA